GGCCUGUUUUUGUGAAGCGUGUUUAUGGUUACAUUCUUUCUUCACCACGGCAGUCGGGAAGUUUUUUAUUUGUGGUGAAGCCCAUUCCAAAACGAGACAAAGAGGGAGAUGUCGAUUCUGUGGGAGAAGAGCCAAACAUGGAGGUGGUUAGUUAGGAGGACGAAGGAUUCCAGACCGUUCUUCAUAGGCUUCGCUACCGUAUGCGGCGUUAUUCCCGGCGUGAUCGGAUAUACCGUCAUGCAGCUUACUAGCUCCACCAAUCCGGAACUCGAAGCCAAGCUCCGCCGUGAUGCUCGGCCCGAAAGCUUAAUGAUGGGGAAGGUUAAUAAAGAGAGGUUAGCAGAGUAUCUUGGGGAGCUGCAGAGGAAGGAGAAUACAAAUGACAGAUAUGUUGCUGCAUUAAAAGGAGAGACAUUGACCAGAAAACCUUAUGUGAGAAUACAACCAGUUCCUACGUCUGAGGAUAAAGUUAACACAAGGAAGUAGGUUGGUGUUUUUUGUUCAAUAGGUAUUGCAUUACGAAUAGAGCUCGUGUCUUGCAAUUCAGAUAAUGCCUAUGCCUACUUUAUUAUAUACAUUGCAAAGGGUUUCAUAAACAUUGAUAAUACGUGAAGUCAGGCACAAUUUGGAGACUACUUAUUUUCUUGAGCUUCAGUUAUUUCUUUCUGUAAUGUAUCUUAGCUUUCUAAAUGACUUUGCUGGAUGAUGUGUUUUGGGGUUGGUUAACCAUUAAUUUGAUUUUAUGUACUUGAUAUGUGUUGGGUGAGAUGAAAUGUUGUCAAUUGAAUAUUUAGAUGUCAUAUACGUCUAAAGAAAUGAACAUGGUUACCAAACUAACUAUGUUUUUGGAUUGGGAUUGACACUUUGAGAGUGUUACUUAAAAUGAUGUAUGUAGUGUAGCGAGGAGAAGGGCAGGGAUUGGAAUCUUUUUGGAUUUGAUAUGCGUAUAAAUGAGCGGAUCAUAGAGGGUUAUUAGUUCUCCCCUUUGGAUUACAAAGUAAAUGGCAGGAGCGGUUAAUUUUUUUAUUGUUAACUCAAUGAAGGGAAAACAGGUUUUCUGCCUUCCAUUUGCUCCAUGUUGUAGCAUGUACAAGAUGCCAUCACUUCAAACUAUUAUCAGGACGAAGCACCCAUGCUGACCAUCGAUUUGGAGUCCACCUAUAUAUAGCUAAGCUUGGUUUGCGAUAAAUUUAAUUGCUUAUCCCUGAACAUGAAUAGUUUUCUUUUAUAAUUUUGUGGGUCUGUGUGCUUAAAGCUCACUGUUGGACCAUGUUGGUCGUUCAUUAUCCAAAUAUUCGGCUCUUAUAUUUACUAUAUUUAAAUAUAUUAUUAGAACCGGGCCGGACCGAGUAUAAGAAUUGGACCCAGAAUUGGA